UUGUUUUCUCUUGUUUCCAUAGAUUUGUCUAUUUCUCACUCCUACCUUUUCUGGUGGCUCUGGUUUGUUUUGGUACAAUAAUACAAAGUUUGAUCUCCUAACUUUUUCUUCUCUGGGAUAUCUGUUUUCAUAGUGAUAUCAACUUUGGGAUUUCAUUUCUUGCAUAAAUCUUCACGCUUUUCAGCUUCAAAUCGAAGGUUCUUCUCUGCUUAGCUUACAGAAUAAACUUUCCGAUUAGAGAAUCAACUCUUUUACCACAAGAUUCUUUCUUGGUGGUUGGAUGCUACUGCUUAAGGUUGAGUCUGAGAACUGCUUUCUUCUAGCUGUAGGAAAGUAAAGCGAUUCUGUAUUGGGAACUUUUGGGCAACUAAAUUCGUAUCGAUCAUAAAGAGGCAGAGAGUUGGUUUUGUAGGAUUAUGGAUUCCGAGAGAUAGACCAAAAGCAAGAGAUUCGGAUUGGCUUCUGAUGAUGGAGAAAAGUUCAUAAUAUGUGGGUCUGAAAUUCCCGAGGUUGUCAAAGCAACAUACUUUUAGUUGAGAAUUGUUGAUAACUCAUUGAGAUUCAGCUUUUGACCAUGGAAAAACAGCAGAGUUUUAAACAACAACCUCCUCAAGGACUCCUGGAGAAGCAACAAAGUUUUAAACAAUCUGAAAAACAGCAGAGUUUUCGCGGUGUUAUGACAGAAAAACAACCACCUCAACGGCUCCUGGAGAAGCAACAAAGUUUUAAACAAUCUGAAAAGCAACAGAGUUUCCGUGGUGUUUCAAGUGAGAAACAGCCCAGUGGUCGCGGAAUGAUGGAAAAACAGAAGAGUUUUAGGGGCUUUAUAGAGAAGCAGAAGAGCUUUCGUGUAGUAAUGGAGAGGCAGCUGAGCUUUAUUGGUGCAGGUGAACGCAGGAAGAAUAGGGAGUCUCCAGGAAAAAGAGGUGAUUCACCUCUUCAUUUGGCAGCAAGAACAGGGAAUCUGUCUAGAGUUAGGGAGAUUCUUCAUAACUUUAAUGUUCCUGAGGCCAAGGAACUUUUGGCCAAGCAAAACCUAGAAGGUGAAACUCCCCUUUAUGUUGCAGCAGAGAAUGGUCAAUCUCUGGUUGUUGCAGAGAUGUUGAAACAUAUGGAUCUUGAGACUGCAUCUAUCACUGCACGGAAUGGAUAUGAUCCGUUCCAUGUUGCUGCAAAGCAGGGUCAUGUUGAAGUGCUAAAGGAGCUUUUGGGUACCUUCCCCAACUCGGUCAUGACUACAGAUUUAUCAUGUACAACUGCCCUACACACAGCUGCUGCUCAAGGGCAUAUUGAUGUGGUCAAUCUUCUUUUAGAAACAGACUCAGACCUUGCUAAGAUUGCAAGGAACAAUGGUAAAACCGUCCUCCAUUCAGCGGCAAGAAUGGGGCACUUGGAAGUAGUGAAAUCUUUGCUCCGCAAGGAUCCAAGUACAGGUUUUAGGGUAGACAAAAAGGGUCAAACUGCACUACAUAUGGCUGUGAAAGGUCAAAAUGAGGAGAUAGUGCUGGAAUUGUUGAAACCUGACCCUUCAGUUUUGGGCUUGGAAGACUGUAAAGGGAACACUGCAUUGCAUAUUGCAGUAAUGAAGGGCCGUACUCAGAUUGUACGUUGCUUGCUAUCGGUUGAGAGCAUAAACAUCAACUCAACAAACAAGGCUGGAGAAAGCCCACUUGACAUUGCCGAAAAAAUUGGAAACCCAGAACUUGUCUCGAUCUUAAAGGAAGCAGGAGCAAUCAAUUCUAAGGACCAUGGAAAGCCCCCAAAUGCAGGAAAACAACUAAAGCAAACUGUAAGUGACAUAAAACAUGAUGUCCAGUCCCAGCUUCAACAAACUCGACAAACUGGUUUCAGAGUGCAAAAAAUUGCAAAGAGACUAAAGAAACUACACAUUAGUGGCCUAAAUAAUGCUAUAAACUCUGCCACUGUUGUUGCUGUUCUCAUUGCUACUGUUGCUUUUGCUGCCAUCUUCACUGUCCCUGGACAGUAUGUUGAGGAUAAAACGAAGGGGCUCUCGCUCGGGCAAGCACAUAUAGCUAACAAGGCACCGUUUAUUGUGUUCUUUGUCUUUGAUAGCCUUGCUUUGUUCAUCUCUUUGGCAGUGGUGGUUGUUCAGACAUCGGUGGUUGUGAUUGAACAAAAGGCAAAGAAGCAGCUUGUCUUUGUAAUUAACAAGCUCAUGUGGUUGGCAUGCCUUUUCAUUUCAGUUGCAUUUAUUUCGCUGACUUACGUGGUGGUGGGAAAAGAGUCUAGAUGGCUUGCUGUGUGUGCAACUGUAAUUGGCAGCACAAUCAUGCUUACUACAAUUGGCUCGAUGUGCUAUUUUGUCAUUUUACAUAGAAUGGAGGAGUCAAAGUUAAGGAGCAUAAGGAAAGCUGAGAGUCGUUCCCGGUCUUUCUCUAUGUCUGUGGCUUCGGAUUCUGAGAUCCUGAAUAAUGAAUAUAAAAGGAUGUAUGCGCUUUAAAGCUAUUGAAGAAGAGAUGCAAGCAAGCGUGGAUUAUCUAAAAUUUGAAGGGAACAUCUGCUGCUUCAGCUCUAUUAGUUAAUGUAAUAACAUAAAUUAUGUACUUGAGCUGGAGUAAGUAUCCUCGGUUCUUGUGGGAUGGAGAGAUGAAACAAGAUAGUGGAUUCAUUAAUCAAAGCAAGAUGGUUGAAUUUGAAGUUUGAACCGCCAUCUUGUUGCUGCUGGUGGCUGAAAAUGUCCUUUGGCAUGAAGCCUCCUGCUUUCCAUCCAGUGGCAGCUUCGCAGUGGCUUACUAAUUUUCAUAUUUUUAGCACAAGCCUAGAUAUGAGCUUGGAUCUAGAUCUGAAUUUACCUUUUAGAACUUGAGCAGAUUUGGAUGAAGCUCAAGAAUUGUAAACUGAGUCAGAGAAUUAUUCCUGAGCUUUGGUUUCAAGUUCGUAAUAUAAUAUCCCCAUUGUCUCAAAA